CACAGAAUGAAAUCUGCCAUUUUGAUUGCAAUUCUCGCCUCAAUCAUGUUGUCCAACCCAUGAUGAAGGACGCGAGUCCUACGAGCACCCUGGAAGCCCACUGGGUUGUACCCAUUCUUUUACGAAACACCACUACUAAUAACUUCGAUUUCAAGUGCACUGGAAAUCUGAUCCGCCUGGAUAUGGUGUUGACUUCAGCCCACUGUAUUUCAAAAUUCGAAAACGCGACGGCGGACGUUUCAGUUGGCAUAACCGGCAACCUAUCCAUAACAGCCAAAAGGGUUCCAGUUAAAAGAAUAUUUGUAUAUCCGCCGUAUGAUCCUAUUACCCACAAAUACGAUGUGGGUAUUAUUGUCCUAAAAGAACGCAUGGAACGUCAGCAAAAUCAGGCAGUUAUCUGUCUGCCAUAUGACUACGAAAACCAGCCAUUGAACGAAAGUGAUGCCACGGUGUUUGCUUGGGAGGAUAACAGAUUCUCGAAGGUUAUUGGCGAAAUUUCGGGAUAUAUUGAUGGAGAUUUCAAUGUGACUCUCAAGGGAAAUUCCAAAAUGUGUCAAGGCGACAGUGGGAGUGGAGUGACUGUAAAAUGCGGCGAUACGAGAUGCAUAGUGGGGGUAAUUAGUAGAACAGAAGGUCCAGGCGAGUACGUUACAAAGUGUAAGCAAAUGCUUACUGCAACCAAUAUAUCUCCGCUAUAUAUUCAGGAAUUCAUUAACGAAACCAUAAGCACUAUCAUGAAUUGCCCAAACUGAACGCACCAUUAGAUUUAUAAGUCCACCAUUCAAUUAUAUAUCCUGUAAUCGAAGCACAUAAAUAUAAGCACUUUAAAAAAUAUAAA